AUAGUAGUGUUAUUGUAUCGAUACUAGGUUAAUGUUUUGUGAAAAAAAAAAUUGACACGGUAUCGGUUAUACUGAAAAAAAUAUGACAGUUAGUACCUUAAUCAUAUAAAAACUGGAUAAAAGCAUUUUAAUUUUGCAUCAGUGUAAUUUCUAAUCGUAUUUUCAUAAUCCAUACUAUUGUAUAAAAUAUAUUACACGAUGAGGCGAAAGGCAGGCGUUGGUGCUAUCCAAAAACAAAAGCUGGAGCAAGAAAAAUAUAAAGAUAAGGGAACUGAGAUUCAAGAAAAUCAAUUUGAGCAAAUGACAAAACAGAUGGAAACUUUUCGUGUGAAUCUAGAGGAAUUCGCAACAAAGUAUAAAAAUGAAAUUAAAAAAAAUGCACGUUUUCGGCGGCAAUUUACCGAAAUGUGUGCAUCAAUAGGUGUAGAUCCUUUAGCUUCAGGUAAAGGAUUUUGGUCAGUUCUUGGCAUAGGAGACUUUUAUUACGAACUUGCUGUUCAAAUUGUUGAAGUUUGUAUGGCUACAAAUUAUAAAAAUGGUGGAUUAAUAUCAUUAGAUGAACUUAGAGCAAGAUUAAUUCAAGCUAGAGGUCGUAGAAAAGAACAUCAAGAAAUUACAAAUGAAGACUUACUAGCUGCAGCUAAAAAAUUAAAAAUUUUUGGAAAUGGAUUUUCUAUUGUUCCAAUUGGAAGAGGUAAACACUUAGUACAAUCUGUACCUGGUGAACUCAGUAUGGACCAUACUGCCGUACUACAACAAGCUAGUUUAUCUGGAAAUGCAUAUGUUUCAAGAUCCAUGUUAUGUAAAGAAUUAAAAUGGGAAUCAGAUAGGACACAAAAAGCUUUGGACCAUAUGGUAAAAGAAGGAUUGGCAUGGUUAGAUGAACAAGGUGAAAAUGAAAUAUUAUAUUGGUUUCCUAGUUUAUUUACAGCUUGCAUUGUAUCCAAAGAGUAAGCAAAAUAUUGACUUUAUAAUGAUUAUUAUGAGAUAGACAAUGUUUUAAAAGAAUAAGAUAUUUGCAAUAUAAAAUGUAUUUUUAAUGUGAAUAAAUUUACAUUAUUCUUGUAACAUAUACACAGUUAAACAUCCAUUAUAAAUUUCUUUUGGCGUGCUUGAGCCUCCCUGAAAACCUUAAGCUCGUCCGCGGUCAUGCCCUUGUAACGCGAGGCCAACGGUUUGUGCGGUCCAUGAGUGCUCUCCGCCUGCUCUUUGGCUUCCGUAAGGAAGUCCCCAGUCACGUGAUUGUAGAUAUCCGCCUUCUUGUCCUCCUCCUCUCGAAGGGCUUCGCAGCGGCGACGGUAUUCCUGUUCCUCUGCCUGUCGUUGGAAGGGGAAAAGCGGAGCCGGUCAUUCGACCAAAACGUACGUCCAACGGAGCGUGACAGCUCGAAAAGAAGAAAAAAAGUCAAGGACGGGAACGCGUGGUAAGAGAUGGGGAAGCGACUGGAUGAUCGUUCUCCGUAUUAUUAUCGAGACUCGUGAGUCGAUGACGUCACCAAGUUUGCUCAUCGACCGUAUAGCAGCCUCGCCAUCGCUGUAAACGGUGCUCACCUUCGGCGAAGGUUUACUGUAACUGUGUGUGGAUCGUGUUCAGGGCUCGUGUUAAGCGACCGAGUUAACAAUGAUUCGCUCAUCGACACGGUGACACAAGGGGAAUAUCAUCAGCGACCAGAACAGAACACUCGUAUCAAGAAUAACGAGAUUUUGUUACCGUUGAACUUUGACAUUUCACGGUUCAACGUCAUUGGCUCGUUCGUGACAAGAGGCUUACGAGAGGGAGAUUUUAAAUCAAUUAAUACGAUGGAGAGUCGUCAAGCCUUAAUUAUCUGAAUUUUCACUUUUUCGUCUCGUACACGAGCAUCGUACACCAACACGCAAACAACUAGGAGAGUAUCGGGGAUCAGAAGUUUCCGAAACACGCAGUUGCCGGAUAUUAUCAAAGGACUAAAUAGAAGAAAGCUCUACCAUGGCUUGAUUAAAUCGUGCGGUGGCUUCGUUCAACUUUCGACGGCAAUCUUGCUCCAUCUGAGCUAUCUUCAUGGCAUGCUUGUCUCUGGAGAGGAUGGCCGCUUCCUGGGCUUUCUCGAAUUCCUUCCGUUCGCUCUCGGCGGAUAUGUGUUCCUGCAUUUGUUUUUCGAUCCACCACCUCAUCUCUUCCUUCUUCGCCCUCGACUUUUCCUUAAAAUCUUCCUCUUCGCUUUUCAAUCUGCACGGUUUUUGGAAAAUUAAAUAUUUUAAACGAAAUUAUCGAUGAACGAAAUGGAAUCAAUCGUGACAAUAAUUACAGCUCGCCGAAGGAUAGAUCGCGAUCGCCUUUUUUCGACAGAUCGCAUUCCUGGCGUUGUUGAUAUUGCUGUCUGUAAUGCUCGAUCUCUUUGUGGAUCU